CAGCAGCGCUCCCUAGCUGCCUCCGUGUCCGUUUCCCCCUCCUCUCUCUACGAAAACACUUUCGGGAAGAAUAAAGUUUUUUCGCCCUCACACGGACCUGCACUCAGCCAGUCUUUACCCAGAGCCAAACCGUGGCCUAACAGGAAGAACGGCUCGACUAUGUGGAGACAGAAGCGGGCUCUAGGGAAACCCUUGGCGUGUCUCGUAUUACUUGUGACGCUCGUCGAUGCUCAUCGAUUCCUGAGCCAGAGGACGGCCUCCCAGUUCUUGAGCAGGCAUCGCAGAGCCAACUCUCUGUUUGAGGAGAGCAAGAAGGGCAACCUGGAGAGAGAGUGCAUUGAGGAGCUGUGCAACAAGGAGGAGGCCAGGGAGAUUUUUGAGAACCAACCAGAGACGGAAUACUUCUACCCUAAAUAUGUUGCGUGUCUGGGUUCCCACCGCGUCGGCAUCAACAACCAGAACUCAGAUUCAGACAUCCCAUCAGACCUUCGCACCUGUGUAACAGAGAUCAGUAACCAGUGCACGCCGUUUCCGUGCUACAAGGAGGGUUCGGAGCGCUGCGUGGACGGUCAGGCCUCUUUCACAUGUGUGUGUAAGCCUGGCUGGAAGGGACUGCGCUGUGAGGACGACAUUGAUGAGUGUUCAGAUCCUGAAUUUCCAGCAGGAUGCAGCCAAAAAUGUAACAACUUCCCAGGUAGUUUCCGCUGCAUGUGUGAAGAAGGCUACUUCAUCAAUAACAACAUCAACUGUGUGGAUAUCAAUGAGUGCCUGUUGUACCCCAGUAUCUGUGAAAAACCAGCUAAAUGUGUCAACACACCAGGCAUGUAUGAGUGCCAGUGCCCGCCAGGGUUUAAAUACAACUUCACUUCCAAGACCUGCAAUGAUGUGGAUGAGUGUGAUCUGAAUGUGUGUGAGGGGACUUGUGUAAACACGGUGGGCAGCUAUACAUGUCACUGUGAUGGUCGAGAAGGUUUACAACUGGCAGGGAAUCAGCGAUACUGUGAGAGAAUCCCUGUUUGCGUGGACUUGUGCGACCAUAAACACCCUGAGAUGCUUUACCUGGGCGAGCAGUUUGCAGGCCUGCCUAUCAUCUACCUGCGCUUCCGCCUGCCAGAGAACACAAAAUUUGCAGCUGAGUUUGACUUCCGAACGUUUGAUCCGGAGGGAGUUGUUCUGUAUGCAGAGUCUUCCCAUGACUCGUGGUUCAUGUUGGGGCUAAGAGCUGGUCGUAUUGAGGUCCAGUUCAAAAACCAGCACACAUUCAAGGUUACCAGUGGAGGAAAAGCCAUCAAUGAUGGACAGUGGCAUGUGAUUUCUGUUGAUGAGCUGGAGAGCAGCAUCAGUGUGAAGAUCAGCAAAGAGGCUGUGAUGAGCAUCAACAGCCCAGAGAGUCUCUUCACUUCUGUUAACGGCAAAUUGGAGACCAAAGUCUACAUUGCUGGUCUUCCCAACAGGACUGACAACGUCAUCAAGCCUAUCAAUCCCCGACUCGACGGCUGCAUCCGUGGCUGGAACUUAAUGAACCAGGGAGCAUCCGGGGUAAAAGAGGUCAUCCAGGAAAAAAAGAGCAAACACUGCUUUGUGUAUGUGGAACAAGGAUCUUUCUUUUCUGGGGCAGGACUGGCACAUUUCAACAUAGACUAUAUAGGUGAUUCUGGGAGCUGGAAUGUGGAUAUAAAGAUGAACAUGCGUCCAUCCAGUAGCACAGGCAUCAUCUUUGCUCUUGUCUACAACAACAUGGUCCCCCUGUCAGUUGCUGUGGUAACAAAGGAUGAAGACGAUGCUAACUUGCAAGUGUUUUUGGAUGGUGUUUCCGUGGCAACAUUGGACUCACUGAUGCUGUGUUACCCUGAGCGGCUGACAGUACAACUGAAUGUGACUGCCACAGAAAUCCAGAUCUCUGCCAACUCCUCCACUGUGACCUAUAUAAAGUCUGACGCCCUGCAGGAGGCACUGGAGCGCCUCAACACCACCAUGCAGAACCGCAUCAGCACAUACAUUGGUGGGAUACCAGAUUACAUCUCGUUAUCUGCCACCCCCGUGUCAGCCUUUUACCACGGAUGCAUGGACAUCACCGUCAACGGGAAGCAGCUGGAUUUUGACGAGGCUCUCAGCAAACACAACAGUAUUAAGUCUCAUUCCUGUCCUCCUGUCUCUGCACCUGAGACUCAUCCAAAUCCACAACAUCUGCACAGAAAUUAGCCCUAAUUAAAGAAUCACACUAAAAA